AGGCGGUAGUACAGGACUGUCUACAACUGCAGUACAACAGGUCGGGUCGUGCGACUGUACUGCGGGCGGCUCGCAAAGCACAGGAGCAGGCCUCGAUUAAAAAUCUCACCGGUCUCUUUCUCUUUCCUCGCCGGCAAUCCUUCUCCUCCCUCCCAUUCCCAUUCCCAUCGCCGCUUCCAAGUCCCAACCGUUCCCUUCUCCGCCCUCGCCGCCGGCCAACAUGAUGCACAUGACCUUCUACUGGGGCAAGUCGGCCACGAUCCUGUUCGACGGCUGGCGCACCUCCACGUGGCCCGACUACCUUCUCUCCCUCGCGGCCCUGCUCCUCGCCGCCGCUUUCUACCAGUACCUCGAGGCCCUGCGGGUCCGCGUGAAGCUCGUCGCAGGAGGAGGCGCCAAGCCAGCCCCCUCCUCCAUCAUCCCGCCACCGGCCGGCUCCGACCCGCGGACGCCGCUUCUCGCGCCCGCCUUCGCGGCCGGCGCCGGGCGCUGGCCGGCGCGCCUGGCCGUGGCCGCGAUGUUCGGGGUCAACUCCGGCCUCGGCUACCUGCUCAUGCUCGCCGUCAUGUCGUUCAACGGCGGCGUGUUUGUCGCCGUCGUCGUGGGCCUCGCGCUCGGGUACCUCGCGUUCCGCAGCAGCGACGGGGAGGAUCUCGUCGUCGUUGACAACCCAUGCGCCUGCGCCUAAAGAAACGGAAGGACGAACCGAGUGAAGCAUAGCCAUACCUGUUGGAAGAAUUCUAGCUUAGAUCUGAUCACUGGAAAGAGAAGGCCUGUCCUCUAUUGCGUCUUUUAUGAGUUGUACUCUGUAGCUACCUGUCCCUAUGACUGUGAGUACAAGUACAGAAACUACGUUACCUUUUGUUGUAAAAGUGUAUAUCCAGUUCUUUUAAGAUUAAAUAUGAACCAGACUUGUCUACAAAUCGCAGUAAAAAAAUUCAGGUUAUAUCAUCA